AUGCUGUAUUGUUCACUCAAAGCACGUUGUUGGUCACUUGCUUUUGAGUACCUGCGCUGGUUUCAUUCCCUUUCCGUGAAUAAUCAUCCGUUAUUGCUGCCGACGAAUAGAGACUUACUGUUUACGCGCAUUUUCAACGCCAUGAAUUUUGUAUUUUGCCAUUCGCAGAAUGUCAGUUAUCAUCGCUAUGUGAUGAGGGCAUUGUCACGUUCGCGGGGCAACGUGGCACUUCAGAUGAUUUCGGGCAAUAACUCCCUCAUUACCGGUGCAUACCGCCAUGCGCUUGGCGAAUAUCUUCGUGUCUGGAAGCAAGUUCCUGAGAAUCCGCUUGUUUGCAUGCUUAUUGGACUCACAUUCGUUCACAUAUCGUGCAAAAAGGACAUCUGCAGCCGGCAUAUGCUAGCUUUGAGAGGCCUUGCAUUUAUGAAUCGGUACCAGCGAUUGCGUGGCGACAACCAGGAAACUUAUUACAAUGCUGGACGAAUGUUCCACCAGAUGAAUAUAUUACCUCUGGCUAUUCAUUUUUAUGAAAUGUGUUUAGAGGUGAGCGCAAGUUUUUGGAAUUAUUUUGCGGGAAAUAACUAG